AUGAAUAAUGAAACUGUACUUCUCAUAAAAACCAUACUAAUCCUCUCACCAGUUUUGGUAGCGGUGAUCAGGUUACUAAAUGUAUUACCAGCCAUAUAUUCAAGUCUGAGACAUAAUGAAAGUGAAAAUAUAGAAGACGUGGUAUUGCAAAAGAGUAAGAAGGGAUCUAAUAUUAUGAUCUUACUUGGAUCUGGUGGUCAUACGGGCGAGAUGGUUAGGCUUUUGUCCAAGGUCGAUUUGACCAAUUUUUCAAGAACAUGGGUAACUUCUUCGGGCGACAAUACAUCGAUUUUAAAAGCGAAAGCAUUUGAGGAAGAUCAACUAAGCGAUAGCACCUAUAAACAUGACUACAUCUCAAUUGAACGUGCUAGAAGAGUCAAUGAACCCUUAUUUCUGUCAAUAAGGAGUACAUUGAGAUCGUUUUUAAGUACUAUCAGACAGUUAUUUCUUUUGUCUCAGUACCCAUCGAUCUUACUACUUAAUGGACCGGGAACUAGCGUUCCAAUUGCCUACACGGUAUUUUUAAUGAAAUACCUUGGUCUUUGCAAUACCAAGAUCAUUUACAUAGAAAGUCUUGCCAGAGUCAAUAACCUUAGUCUUAGUGGUUUAUUACUCCUUCCUAUAUCCAACAGGUUCCUAGUUCAAUGGGAAAAAUUGGCUUACAAGUACAAGAGAGCUGAAUAUUAUGGAAUUCUUGUAUAA